AUGCCUGUGACUUUCAUCAACAGAAACAUCCAAAACUUCCAGCGGAACAGCGAAUUGGCUGCCAUCAAUGCUCACCACGCCCAUAUAAAACAUGAGAAACGACGCAAGGCGAUCAGAGACGCGGCUCGCAGGCGAAACGCCCAGCUGUUAAGCUACGUCGAGGCAUCCAGUGCCUCUAUGCCCCUCCUGUUCUGCCAAAUUGGUGGCUUGCGAGAUGACCCUUUCUGGACUCUCCCGGUGGAAAAUACUUGUGAUGCCAUGAGGGGUUUUGACUACCACUUCCAAGUCCUAUGCCCGCUCGCACUGAGCUUAGGCAACUACAACAAUGCCCAGCAUCAGUUCAUGAGGACCAAUGUGCUCCAAACGGGCAUGUAUUGCAGCUCCAUGAUUGCCUUGAACUUGAUCAUGCAGAGAUUACAUAUGGACAGCACAGCACGCCUCUCAAGAGCUGCUCUCUACCAUCUGAAUAAUGCUGUUGUUCAGUUGCGAGAAGCGUUGGAAGAUCCGGUAACCAACACAAGCGAUAUUGUUCUUGCCACCAUUUUCCCGAUGGCUGUCGUCUAUCGGAUGUUACACGAUCAUGCCGCUUUCGAUGCACAUGUUCAAGGCGUCCGCCGCAUUGUCGCGCUGCGUGGAGGGCUCGAUUGCUUGGGGUGGAGUGGGUUUCUGAAAAUCUCGGCUGUCGGCAUGUUCGAAUCUGCCGCCGUGUUACACCGUCAACGGGCCCAACGCAGCCAGGACGAGGCGCAAGGCCUCAAGCUCGCCGACGACUUCGUGGUAGAAUAUCCCUCGAAACCUUUCCCUCGAGCCUUGCGAAACAAAAUUUCGAAAUAUCCUCCGGGUCUUGCUUGCCUUGCUAACGAGGGCCGACUCAGCCUCCAAUUUGUCAACUUCCUAGAGAUCUUUUGCGACUGGUCUGCGACUAAUAACUCUACUGCCGGACCCCAUGACUCUGUGACCGAGCUUAGUCACGACAUCCUGGCAAUGGCUGGGCUGAGCACCACUGAGCGGGUGCUUGCCGUGGCAAUCCAGGCAUACGUGAACUGGCUGGAAAGAACCGUGCGCCACUGGAGCAACUUCUCGUCCGAACAUAGCGUGGAGAUGCAGAUCGCCUCAUUGAGCCAAAGAUCCGACCUCGAUGAUUGUGAGGAGGACGCUCUCACCUGGUCUUGUCUGGUGAUCAGAGACACGACUCCGCAAGGCACAGGUUCAUGGCAGUGGGCGACCAAGCAUCUUUCAACAAUAAGCCUGAACGAAGAAAGGGAGGCACACCUCGAUCAGCUCUUCUUCAAACGCCCAAGUGUGGCAUGA